CAUUAAUCAGCUUUAAACAACUGCUACUACUAGUCUUCCUUUAUCUGAGACCUUAUUUUCUUUGCCGAAAUUAAGGAUGGCUACUGUCACUACUCAAGCUUCUGCCGCCGUAUUCCGGCCAUGUGCAUCAAAAUCAAGGUUUCUUAGUGGGUCUCCUAGUAAACUCAACAGAGAAGUAGCUUUUAAACCAAUGUCAUCUUCACCUGCUUCUUUCAAAGUUGAAGCCAAGAAAGGCGAGUGGUUGCCUGGUUUGCCCUCUCCAGCUUACCUCAAUGGAAGUCUUCCAGGGGAUAAUGGGUUUGACCCUCUUGGUCUAGCUGAGGACCCUGAGAAUUUGAAAUGGUUUGUCCAGGCAGAGCUUGUGAAUGGCAGGUGGGCUAUGUUGGGCGUUGCAGGAAUGCUAUUGCCUGAAGUUUUCACAAAGAUUGGAAUAAUCAACGUUCCUAAAUGGUAUGAUGCUGGCAAAGAAGAGUACUUUGCUUCAUCGUCAACUCUCUUUGUCAUUGAGUUUAUUUUGUUCCAUUAUGUGGAGAUCAGAAGAUGGCAAGAUAUCAAGAACCCAGGAAGUGUCAACCAAGAUCCUAUCUUCAAGCAAUACAGCUUGCCUCCAAAUGAAGUUGGUUACCCUGGUGGCAUCUUCAACCCUCUAAACUUUGCACCAACUCUCGAGGCCAAGGAGAAGGAGCUUGCCAAUGGGAGAUUGGCUAUGUUGGCAUUCCUAGGGUUUGUGAUUCAACACAAUGUGACUGGCAAAGGACCUUUCGACAACCUCUUGCAGCACCUGUCAGACCCAUGGCACAACACCAUUAUCCAGACAUUUAGUGGUAACUAAAUUUCAGUAAGAGAAAGAAAAAAAGAAGAAAAAAAUGGGGGUCCAUGUUUCUUGCCUUUGUAAACCAUGAAUUAUAUGGUUUUUGAGUGAGGUUUGAGCAUCAAUGUGAUAUAAAGAACUUUCAGUGUACAGAGGAACUAAGAUGGCAUUUAUAUUACUAUUUAUCACUUUGACCCACUCAAA